AUGGACCCUAGUGAGCAAGGUGCUCUUAAUAGGAUUGAGAAAUCUGUCUACAGAACUGCCUUCAAAUUAAGAUCCAUACAAACUCUUUGCCAGUUGGACUUGGUGGACAGCUCCUUGAUUCAGCAAGUUCUAUUGCAUGGACGAUUCGGGGAGGGCAUGGAGACCUCCCUUUCCAUGCAGCAGCUUUUCCAGGAGCUCCAGGAACUGUUUCAGAGAACCGGGACGGGAAGCCCAGCACAAGUGCAUCCAAGAGCUCCCGAACUCACUCUGAGUCUUCUCUUGGCCAUGUAUGACAGCACAGGAUCGGGCAUUCUCCAGCUUCGUCCUGUGACUACUGCACUGGUAACCCUCUCAGGAGACAGCCCUCUUACAAAGUACAGAGUUUUUUUUCAGCUCUAUGCAGAAAACAACAGGAAAGGUGAUGAUUCCCGAGCCCGUAUGACUCGGAGGGUUUUGAGAGCCUUACUAACAGAUCUACAGCAGAUCCCAACUGUCGUGGGAGAGAGCUGCUCUUUGUGUCCCAUGGAAAGUGCUAUCCACAGUUGCUUCCGAGGGGUGUUGAGUUCUGGAAUCAAGGAGGAGAAAUUCUUGUCUUGGGUACAGUCUGAGCCUCUUAUCCUUCUGUGGCUCCCAACCUGCUACCGACUGUCAGCCUCAGAAACCAUCACUCACCCUGUGCGGUGCAGUGUAUGCAGAACCUUCCCAAUCAUAGGACUGAGAUACCGCUGUCUGAAGUGUCUCAACUUUGACAUCUGCCAGCUGUGUUUUGUAUCUGGUCUCCACAGCAAAUCCCACCAAAAGUCACACACAAUGAUGGAGGACUGUGUCCAGAUAUCAGCAAAGGAGAACACAAAGCUCCUCCUCAGGAGCCUCAGAAACAGCCUGCCCCAGAGACGUGACAGGAUAGGAGCCGUGGGAAGACAGUGGCUGCUGGACCAGCUGGCUCCAAGAGACGCAGCUAGCCACGCACAGGCCAGGCUUUCCAUUGAGCAUAAAGGCUCUAGAGCCCCAGUGUAUGUGAAGCCAUCAGGAGCAGUGGAAGCCGAAGAAUGCCCCAGAUACCUGCCUCCACCAGCAAAUGACAGCCCACAUCACCAGACCACAGUCAGCAUUAAGAAGAAACUGUGGAGCACUCAUGACUCUAUCAAUGCUCUGCACAGGGAAAGAAGGGUCCUUAGAAAACAGUUAAACAGAUACAAACACAAAUUGCAAGGCACAUACACCUUACAGAGGGAACAGAAUUGCAGAUUCGCAACAAAGAUCUGGGAACUCGCAACCAACCAGGAUAAGCUAUGGACCAAUCUACAGCAGAUGAGACAAGACCUACAGGCUAUAUUGCGACCACUCCAUCCUUUGUCUUCAUCUCAAAACACGGCAUCCAAGACUGAUGAAUCUUUACGUGGUGAUGGGCUAUGCAGAGUAGGAGACUUUUCCCACAUCAAGAGUGUCACUAGGUACCGUCCGGAAUGGGAACUUCUUCCCAGCUCUGCCCAGGCUGGUAGAGAUCACAAACGUCAAGCAAGUUCAGGGAAAGCUCUACCGGACUCUGAACCCCCAAAGACCAUUUUACAGAGCACCGGGACACAAAGCCAGCCACAAAAGAUGCUAAAGGAAGUCCAUGCCGCCCCUUCUGCCUGCCAGGAGGGACUGCAGGACAAUCCCCAGACUCCUUCUGCUGAAGCGAGCAGCUCUGCUGUGGCACCUUCCACAGGGAAAGAGAUGAACCACAUCAGUGAAAAGAGGAACGACCUGCAUGAACAGGAGCUGCAAACGCUGUUGUCCAGACUCCUGGAUGCCUUCGACCUAGACAUGCCAUCAGGUCUGCAGCCUUCAGUGGACAUGGAGCUGUAUGGUAGAGCUGAGCAGGUGUCCAGGGCUUUCUCUGCCCUUGUGGAUCAAAUCACCUUACCCAGCUCGGAGUGA